AUGCCCCUCCACCUCCCCAAACACCCCGUACUGCCCAAACUAAUGAGAAAGGUAGCAUCCGCACUAUCUCCCAACCUCAUCAGAAAGAACUCUACCGUCAAGCCGAAGCAGCCUGCCGUCGACCAAACCGUACAUCCCGCUCCCUCGCCGAGUCCCUCCACCACAGUCAUGGCCGACGGAGAGCCAGACUACAGCUCUCUGCCCUUGACCGACCGAUGGGUACACAAGGUGUGGAAAGUUCGGAAGCAGGCAUACGAAGAUGCCGCCAAGCAGUUUGAGAUCACCCCGGGCGAGCACGAUCCCGCCUUUCGCCCAUUCAACCAAGAUCCCAGCCUGUGGAAGGGCGCCGUGGCAGAUUCCAACGUUGCCGCGCAGUCGGACGGCAUCGCUGCCUAUUGCGCCUUCCUCAAGUUCGGCGGCAGGGACGGAUGUAUACGUUCACGCGGCCACGUUAUCACAUCCAUCGUCGAGAAGGGGCUCGUUUCUACAAGGCCAGGCACAAAGGCCUCGUCUGUCGAGGCCUUGCUGCUCCUGAUCGAGCUCGAUACUGCGCCUCCUGUCGUCGACGACAUCAUGCCCGCCCUUUCUGCGAAACAGCCCAAAGUCAUCGCUGCCGCCCUGGCUGCGCUGACCACCAUCUUCCACAACUAUGGCUGCAAGGUCGCCGACCCCAAACCAGUACUCAAAGUUCUCCCGAAAGCAUUCGGCCAUGCCGACAAGAACGUGCGAGCCGAGGCCACAAACCUGGCUGUCGAGUUCUAUAGGUGGUUGCGAGACGCCAUGAAACCCAUGUUCUGGGGCGAUCUCAAGCCGACACAGCAGUCUGACCUGGAAGCCCAGUUCGAAAAGAUCAAAGCUGAGCCGGCGCCCAAGCAGGAACGACUCCUGAGGUCCCAGCAGGCCGCCAUGGCCCGCGCGCCGCCACCCGGUGCCGAGGGCGACGAGAUGGACGACGGCGAUGGUGUUGACGAGCCCGCCGAAAUUGACGCCUUCGACCUAGCAGAGCCUCAGGAUGUGCUGUCCAAGGUUCCCCCGGGUUUCCACGACAACCUGGCCUCAUCCAAGUGGAAGGAUCGCAAGGAGGCUCUCGAGGGGCUUUUUGCCGCGAUCAACGUUCCGAGGAUCAAGGAUGGCGACUUCGGCGAGAUUAACCGCGGCCUGGCCAAGUGCAUGAAGGAUGCCAACAUCGCUGUCGUCACCCAGGCCGCCCAAUGCAUCGAAGUCCUGGCCCAGGGUCUGCGGAAGGGCUACGGCAGAUACCGGUCCGUCGUCAUGGCGCCCAUCAUGGAGCGUUUGAAGGAGAAGAAGCAGACAGUGGCCGACGCCUUGGGUGCCGCUUUGGACCAGGUCUUCCUAGCGACUACGUUCUCCGAAUGCAUGGAGGACAUCAUGUCUUUCUUGGUGCACAAAAAUCCUCAAGUCAAAGAAGGCACAAUGAAGUUCCUGGUCCGCUGUCUUUGCACUACACGGGAGGUACCGAGCAAGCCCGAAAUAACCAGCAUUGUCGAAGCUGGUAAGAAGUUGCUCUCCGAGUCUAGUGAGGGUUUGAGAUCUGGCGGUGCCGAGGUGCUAGGAACCGUUAUGAAGAUCAUUGGCGAGCGCGCCAUGAAUCCUCAUCUCGAGGGCUUGGACGACAUUCGGAAGACCAAGAUUAAGGAAUUCUACGAAAAAGCCGAGGUCAAAGCUAAAGACAAGCCCAAGCCCAAGCCUGCCCCGGCUCCGGUAGCACGGGCUGCCCCUGGUGGCCCCAAGAAGAUUGCCGGCGGUGUCAAGAAGGGUCCCGGUGCUGUCAAGAAGGCCGCACAUCCUCCAGUUGCAGACUCGACACCUUUGGCGCCGCAGCCGACGUCGAGGGCUGCGCCGGCCGGCGCGAAACCGGGGACGCCUAAACCGUCUGGCAUCUCCGGGCUCAAAGCACCUACUGGACUACAGAGACGCAUCCCCGUCUCGGGCGUGGCAUCUCCACGCAGGCCCCCAGCAGCUGCAGCGCCGCCGCCGCCGCCGCCAUUUGAGGACGAUGAACCACCGGUCGUAUCGCCUCCCCCUAAACCUCGAAUCGGAUUGGGGCGAGGUGGUCUAGCGGCGCGAUCUCUUGCGAAGCCGAGCGCUGCAUCGGCACCCGCCCCUACGGCGGCCUCUCCGCCUCCUUCAAGUGGGCUCACGGCUAUCGAGAGGGCGGAGCUGGAGGAGCUGCGUGCGUCCAACGACCGGCUCACCAAGCAAGUGGACGAGAUGCGACACGAGCGAGGCAGGCUUUCGUCCGAGGUCCAGGAGCUUAAGAAUCAAAACGCCGGGCUUAUCGAGGACCACACUCGCGACGUCCUGAGCAUCAAGGCCAAAGAGACGCAGCUGGUCAGGGCUCGAAGCGAUGCGGAAGCAGCCGAGCAGGUCAACGAGAGACUCCGGCGGGAACUGGAACGCCUCAAGCGCGCACUCAGUAGGGCUGAGGGGAUUGGCGGCGCUGGAGGACUCGGAAGUCCCGGGGUGACCAGUCCAACGCCCGACGAUGGGGGCAUCUACCGCGAUGGCUCGAACCAAUUGGGUGCGAGAUCGAACCGCAUGAGCUUCACCAGUACCUUCUCGGAGGAGAAGGAGAACGGCGAUGCACUUCCCCCAUAUCCCCGGAGCAAGCUCAGUCCGGAAAUGAGGUACGGCAGCGGGUCGAGUGGUAGGGGGAGUCCCGCUCGCGGAGCCAGGAGCACGACCAUCGAUGAAGGCGUCGCUCAUGGCGCUGGGUCAGGUCGCGCUACCAGCUCAGCAGCCGCUGGUGGCAGUGGAAACGGUGUCGAGAGCUGGAAGAGGGCAGCAGAAGUCACAAGCCAGCUCAAAGCGAGGAUAGAGCUGAUGAAGGCCAAGCAGGGAUUCAGCCGAUCGUAG